CUUAACUCAGAGCUCACAGUGGAUACUGACCUGAUGGGAACAAAACACCAGAAGCUCUUCAGCUUUAUCCUGCUUCCUGGGAAGGCUGGCCUCCGCGUGCCUGGGCCUGUCAGUGAUGGGUAGGAGGAGGAUGAAGGAGGGCCCAGGGUGAGCACCAUCUUGUCCCUCUCCAUUCUUCACUCGUUCUCUCCGCAAAUGUGACAGGCACGGGCAGGAUUAGGUACUUCAUCCCCCGCAGCCGGCCGGCUUCACCUGUCACCUUCCUAAAUCUCUCUGCACCUCCCAACGCUGUUCUUUCCCAGCUGGCUCCCCUCUAGAAGGAUGUCUGUCUGCUACCGUCCGCCUGGGAAUGAGACGCUGCUGAGCUGGAAGGGCUCGCGGGCCACGGGCACUGCCUUUCUACUGCUGGCGGCGCUGCUGGGACUGCCAGGCAAUGGCUUCGUAGUGUGGAGCUUGGCGGGCUGGCGGCCCACCGCCGGGCGGCCACUGGCGGCCACACUUGUGCUGCACCUGGCGCUGGCCGACGGCGCGGUGCUGCUGCUCACGCCACUCUUUGUGGCCUUCCUGAGCCGACAGUCAUGGCCCCUGGGCCAGGUGGGCUGCAAGGUGGUGUACUACGUGUGCGCGCUCAGCAUGUACGCCAGCGUGCUGCUCACUGGCCUGCUCAGCCUGCAGCGCUGCCUGGCCGUCACUCGGCCCUUCCUGGCUCCUCGACUGCGCAGCCCGGUCCUGGCCCGUCGCUUGCUGCUGGGGGUCUGGCUGGCCGCCCUGGUGCUCGCCGUCCCGGCCGCGGUCUACCGCCACCUCUGGGGCGAUCGCGUGUGUCAGCUGUGCCACCCAUCGGCGGUGCACGCCGCUGCUCAUCUGAGCCUGGAGACCUUGACUGCCUUCGUCCUGCCUUUUGGGACCGUGCUCAUCUGCUACGGCGUGACGCUGGCGCGGUUGCGGGGAGCGCGCUGGGGCUCGGGGCGACAAGGCACGCGGGUGGGUCGUCUGGUGAGCGCCAUCGUGCUGGCCUUUGGCCUGCUCUGGGCUCCCUACCACGUGGUCAAUCUCCUACAGGCAGUGGCCGCGCUCGCUCCCCCCGAAGGAACCCUGGCCAGGCUCGGCGGGGCGGGGCAGGCGGCGCGCGCUGGAACUACAGCCUUGGCUUUCUUCAGUUCCAGCGUUAACCCGGUGCUCUACGUCUUCACUGCCGGGGAUUUGCUGCCGCGGGCGGGGCCUCGGUUCCUUACUCGACUUUUCGAUGGCUCUGGGGAGGCCCGAGGGGGCAGCCGCUCCAGAGAGGGUACCAUGGAGCUCCAAACUACUCCUAGGCUGAAAGUAGUGGGGCUGGGUAGGAGCAAUGGAGACCCCGGAGGUGGGAGCAGGAUGGAGAAAGACAGUCAGGAAUGGUAGACAAGACCCUAAACCCCACCUCGGGGUGGGGGUGGGGGGACUACUACUUUUCAUUGUUCCCAGAGCUCUGGAGUACUUGGGGAUCCUUCUCUGAUUGCAGUUUGGGUUUGACUGACUAAGGAUUUCUCUGUCUGGACCUGAUUCCUCCAAACCAUGAGAUUGUGAGGGUGACUGUGGCCUAAGUCCAAAAUUUGAGCUUGCAGUUAGAGCCUGGAUCGGUGUGCCAACACUGCUUACACGUUGCCAGUAGCUCUUCUUGUGAAAUACACUGGGAAGCCAUUCGCUGGUAGCUCGAGUGUGCUCCUGGAUUGUACUGAAGCCACCUCAUUCUCUGCCGAGACAGGUCAGGACUGGAUGGUGUCAGCCUUCAGCGACUCUCUGUCCUGCCUCCCCAUCCAGGUUACCUGCUUCCCCAGGCUUACCUGGAGAACCCCUCUAGAAUUUGGUUGGGGGUGGAUAAAUUCUUAGCAUUUAGGAGGAAGAAACUGGCCUAAGAGCUGGGAAGGACAUCUGUGAAGGGAAAGGGCUCCUGCUUGACUGGUGGUUGGCAGUGAGACAAAUACAAAUGGCUGGAUGGGGGGCAUGGGGGGGCAGGAACCUGGCAUCCCAAGACUUAACCUUUUCCUCUGACCCUGGGCUCACCCCUGCAUGCCCCCUAAAAGCCACCAGGCCCAGGAAGAAGCCCAGAGCCAGUGCUUGCUUUACAAGAGGGAGUGUGAAGAUUGAUGAGGAGGUGUGGGGAAUGGCAGGGGUAUCUGGAAAGACAUGCUGGGGGGGGGGGCACCUUUCCUUUCCCUGUCUCCUCUCCUUGUUGCCUUCCCUGUGCCCAAGGUGUGUGUGAGAUGUUCCUAACCCUUCUCCAUUACUUCCAGCCUCCAUCUUUUGGAAUCUCCUUAUUAUCAGCUCUAAAACCUGAAUGACCCUUUUGAUUUGAGGGGGAGGGGGUGUCAGUAGAAUGCAAGGGGUUUCCUUUAGGGAGCAUCAUGGGCACAUGACCAGUCCAGCCUAGUUGGCUCAGAGCAUUCUUACUAGCCCUCAGAAUUCCUUGUUCCCACACCCAUCAGUCCCCAGCAAACUGAGACAGCUGACCUCCCAAGCAGCUACUCUGGACUCUACCUCAAUGAGGUCUCUCACCCUUCAGGCAGAGGCCAACACACACACAAAAGGAAACCCAGUCUGCGGGGUCAUGCUACAAACACCAACACCAGGCUUGACGUGACUUCUGAACCAGGGAGGAAGUGUGCUUAGCAUGCCUGGGCUCUGGAGGAGGGGGAAAGACUGCAUCCCGAGGAAGAUGGAGUGAGGAGUAACCCAGGAGAAAGUGCAAAGACAACCCCGUCUGCCAUGGAGGGCUGUGGAUGACCCUGGAGCUCUGGCCUGAAGCUUCGUUCUGAAACACAGAAUCCUUCCUGUCCUGGUGCUCUGGAGCAGAGGUUCCUGAACUUCCCCUGCUGUAUGUUCUUCACCUUACACACCCCAUGUGGUCAGAGAGAUCCUUCCUCAACUCUGCCCUCUGUUCUGGCUGUGGUUUCAGCCUCCCUUUUCAUCAUAUCCUCUGCUCGACAGUUACUGGGCCAACGCUGAUCUGGCUUUUCUCAACAUUCAACAAGUGAGGGCCCCGGAGACAUAAGGGACAUCAGUGGUCACCAUUACGCUGCUUCUUACCUCUCCCAAGAAGUGACAGAGUGAAACACAGACAGAAAGGCCCAUGGCAGACUGAAGGAGCGUGCUCUUGGUGCUACAGGACACUUCAAAGAAAGCCAGCAUCCUUUCUUUUGCUGAGGGGAGUAGAAGGCUGCGGUGGCUUUCCAAAGUCCCAGAUGCUCCUGUGGCAGGGCUGGAGGGAGGUGCUGCUGGCCCUGGGCCAUCCUGUCUCUUCUUCGUUCUCGGCUUCUUGGCGGCGUCUCCUAGCUCAGCCCACAUUCUCUCUAUCGGAGUUGAGAGCAGAGGGUACAGGGCUGUAGGGGUGUAGGAGAGAAGUGUGGAGUCGUGCCUAGAUCCCAGUAAGAAAGUCCACCGGGGCUGCUAAAUGGUCAAGUGGGUAGGGUAAGGGGAAGACAUUGGUAUCUUGUGUCAUGAAGGAGAUCACUCAGACGUUGGUGUCUCUCAGAAAGAAUAGAGAGGCUGUUAACUUGUAAUGGGCAGGGCUGGAUGUGGCUUGUCUCCUGUUGUCACAUCACGGUCAUGGUCUGACCCGAAGUCAAGAUUACGUUGUGGUUCCCGCUGUUCAUUUUUUUUUUUU